UCACUACUUACUUCACUCACUCACUCACUCACUUGUCGACUCGUAGGAAACGUCGUUUGGUGCUUUGCUUUUUCGUGCCGGUGUUUUGAUUUCUGGGUUUCUGUUCUAAUUUUUGAAGUUGUUAAUAAAUAUUAUAAAGAAAAAGGAAGGAUGGCUGAUAAGAAAAAGGAAGGAGAACCUGAGGGUGAAGAGGAAUUCUCUGUAGAAAAAGUCCUGGAUCGUCGCAUCCGCAAUGGGAAGGUUGAAUACUUCUUGAAGUGGAAAGGCUAUAGUGAUGAAGACAAUACUUGGGAGCCAGAGGAGAACCUGGACUGUCCAGAGCUCAUAUCAGCAUUUGAAGAAGCUAGGAAAAAGAAAGAGUCUGAGGGAAAAGUCAGCAAAACAGACAAGGAUGCAAAGAAACGGAAAUCCUCAGCUGCCACACCAGAUCUCAAAGGUGCUAAAAAGAGCAAAAGUGAUGAGAAGAAGCCUUCUGGUUUCGACCGUGGUUUGGAGCCAGAGAAAAUUAUUGGUGCUACUGACAGCAGCGGAGAGCUCAUGUUUCUCAUGAAGUGGCAGGGCACAGAUGAAGCUGACCUGGUGCAUGCAAAACAGGCAAAUGUCAGAUGCCCACAAGUUGUCAUUCAGUUUUAUGAAGAAAGGCUAACAUGGCACACGCCAUCUGGAAAUGAAGAUUAGUUGAUUAAUAUCUUCAGGAUUCUUCUUAUUGGUUAAAUAAAAGUAUAUUUAAGUUAAUUUACAGUAACUGUUGUUACUAAAUAUGUAGGAACUAUCAAUGACAGAUGCAAUAGUCUUACAGAUAAUUGUUUUUUUUUCAUUAUCUUCAGGGUACAGCAAUGCCUGAUGUUGGAGUAGUAACGGUGAUAAGGCAACCUCAUUUGUUUAAUCAUUUGACAGUGUGUGAGAUGCAGAAAUUUGCUGCACUGAUCUGUGUAUGGACUGAUUUUAAAUUUGUGUGCAGUUUUCUGUCCAGACACUGUUCUUUCGGAAUAGUGAUAUCUGGGGGCCUACCAUCAAAUAUUACACAAUGAUUCAAAUGCAGGGCAGUUCAGUUUAGGAACCUAAAAUUAUUCGCGUUAUUGGGGAAUUAUCUUAACAAAGUCGCAUUUGAAUCGUAAGGACAAUGCGCACAUUUUUGUUACUUAAAAUUAAAAUGUAUUAAUAAUAUCUUACUGUUACAUGACUAUAGUAAAUACAAAACAAUAAAAUAAAAUAUUUAAAUUUUAAUAACUAGACUAAAAAUUUGUGGGUCAUAACAUCUAAAGACAAAGUUCGGAACAUAAAAACCGUACCACGAAAGAGUUUCCGUGGCAAAAUUAGGAACUAUCAAUAACAGACUACAUCGUUGUUUUCAGCGACAGUAGCGCCAGGACUGUGGGACUUCUUUCGUGGAAACCUAUCUGAAAUAGUAACUUUUUUUGAAUUGUCAAUUUUGACAGUUAAGCGAUCCAGUUUACAUUCUCAAUGCACAUCAUGGUAUGGAAUUGUAUGCAAAAUGAGUGAAUGAAAUCAAAUUGGCGUAUUGUUUUGGUCACUACCUAUAAUGGAUCGUUGAUGGUACGAAUUAGCGAUGCAGAUCAGUUUAGGUCCUGAACUGAAUCGCAUUAAGAGAUGAUGGUAAGCCCCCUGGUCAUUGUCAGUAAAUCCAUUAUUGAUUUGGACAAUGGAAUUACUAAGAAUGACCGGAAAUAUCGAUAAGUUUAAUGUGAUUUUAUAUUUAAGAGUAGAUUAUGUAUUGGUAAAACAAAUCAAAAUUUUAAGUUUUGAUUGAAAACUAUAAUUGUCUUGAAAAUGCAAGAAAAGAUACAUUUUUGUGUCAAUUUCUAAAAAUUGACAAUAAAUUUGAUUUCUAACAAGAUUUAUUUUGUGAACACUAUAGACUUUAUUAUUAUAUAAUUACUAUAUACUUGAAUUUAAGUAUGCCUCUUAAAAUAUGUUGUGACAUAAAUAUAAAACUAGUAUUGUUUCAUGAAUCGUUUAGUAAAUUUAUGCAAGAAUACGAUUUUGUGAUUGUCACAUAAUACACUAUACUACAUGUGGGAGGUAUUUAUGUAAUGCAGUUUGAAAAUAAUUGGAGAAGCCUUCAAAUAGCUUAAUUUUCUUCCCACUGUCAAGACUUCUUGUAAUUGUAUUUUUCUAGUUAUUGAUUUAAUUACGGCUGAUAAGUGAAAAAUGAGAAAUCAGUUUGAUAAGUUAAAUAAUGUAAGGUUUAAUUAGUACCAGUAAAAUAUACUGGAUUCGAAUAAGUUUUUUUAUUGGGUCAUAUUUGAAAAUUGGCCUCAUUUUCACCAAAUUAAAUUAAGAACAAUUUUCUCUUGUAUUUUCUUUAAAAAAAUUUACUGUCGAGCGCAUGUCAAGUUACCCGCAUGAAUGUUCAUACCGCCGUAAUAGCGGUGAAUUUACAAUGAAUUUGGUUGGGUUGUUGUGCUGUUGACUGUACCUAUAUUCUCAAUCCGUAUAUAUAUAGGUCCUGAAUGUUUUAUUAUUCAAAUACAUUGUAUGAAAUUGUGUAAUAAAACUAACGAUACGAACGAUUUACGCAUAUGUUAUCCGUAACAUAAUCCGUAACACAAAACACGUAAAUGUGUUCGUGUAGCUUCUGCAUUUUUUGCAGGAGAUCAUUCCACAUUUAUUAUUUUUUUGAUAUUAAAAUCUGUAAGAAUAAAUUUGGAUGUAGGAUAAAUUGUACAGGCAAUAAAAAAAUGCCACAA